AUGAGCUCGUCACAGUACGAAGACUAUUCUGAAUUUGCGGCAGCUGUGGAAGCUCAUUGCUGCGACACACUUGAAGGCUUCGUGUUGAGGUGGCCCCUGCUCUCCGACUCCAUCAAAGAGUUCCCAGAUUUUGCAGCAGCUGUAGUAGUCCAUGGGCUCAAAGCUAACAAGAAGUUCAAUUUAAGGUUCGGGGCAAGUCCGCUUGAGAUACGAAGACGCUUUCUUCAAGAGAAUCGACGAAGUGUAGCGGCAUAUCACUUUGAGAAGAGCCUCAAGGCCCAGGCUACCGAAAUGAACCCAAUUCAACAUAUCAGUGGGAUGCAGCAGCAUAAUGGGAAUGUUGCAAAUAUACAGCUUCAUGGGACUGGUACGGUAGAAGUGAAAGAUGGCGACUAUUCUACAUUUCAAAGUUGGAAUAAUGGAUCUAGGGAGCUUGGCCUUAGGACCGCUUCUUGGAACGCUCCGACCUCAGAUCUCCGGCCACAGCAUCUAGCACAAGCUAACAAUAAUGUCACCCAUGGCGGUUCUUUGGACUCUCGCUCACAUAGCCAACUUCAAAAUAAUCUUCUACCCCAAGGCACCGCCUCCCCAAAUCUAGCCAUGGGCACAAACUCAACCACAACUGCAACUACAACCUCAAGCUCCAGCAGAUCCUCCACAUACCCAAACAGGGCUCUACAACUCUCAAGUCCUGAAUUACAGGCUCAGUUGCAAGCUAUCAACUAUUAUAUAGCAAACUGCGCAGCUUACUUGAAAGAAGGUGGCCACCCUUGCCAAUUCCACACGCUCAGGCUUCAUGCGAACCCGACAGGUCUCCCAGAGAACGUUACAAGUUGGGCGGAAGCAAGGGCUUUUACAUGGUACAUUCGUGAAAACAACCUUGCUCAUGCCCAUCCCUCACUGAGGGCAGGUCAAUUCAUGGUUAUGAACGGUUUGGCUUCAAACUCUGCUGGUAAUCAACAAACGCAACAAAUGCAACUACAAUAUAACCAGCAGCAGCAGGGACAGCAACAACAUAUCCUACAACAGCUUGGUCAAUACCAGAAACCCCGGCUCUAUUAUCCUAUUCCUCGCGAGCAAACCCAAUUCCCACUCCAGUUUCAACCGUUGCAAGACCAGUAUCAGAACAUUGGUUUGGUAUCUUCUGUUUAUGGCCCGCAAUUCCAAGGCCAACUCCAACCGCAUCAGAUCUCCCAACAGGAACCCGAUCUCUUCGCCCAUCAACAAGUUCAGGAUCUCCAAUAUCAACAGCAACAAGAGAACGACGAAGACAACCUAGACAUCCCUUCGUCGCAUGUGCAAUUCCAGGGCGAUCUUGCACCUGGUACUAAUCCGCCUUUAUUUCUCGAUGCCGCAAUCCUCCCUCUGGAUCUACUGGUUCGUGAGUGUAGCCUACCUACCGCUAGUGAACUUACUAAAUCGGAGACCACACCUGAGGAACUGCAGAGUUUUAACGAGAUGCUUGGUGCCCUAGAUGGAGGGGAGCAGGGAGAGGGAGAAGCGGAAGAGGCGCUUGGUAGUUUGAUGACUGACGAGGAAUUGGAGAGAGAAAUCGAGGGCUGGUAUUAG